AUGCUAUCAACCAAUGAGCAUUAUACGACACACGAUCAGGCACUCCUCACCAGCACCACCAGUUUAACUCAUGUGGCAACAGUGCAAACUUAUAAGGGCCAGUCCGAACCAGAUCAACAAGAUCCCUGGGACACCACAGUGAAAAAGACCCAUGUGACCAAAACUAGAUUCGACAAUAGGUACACCAUCCCCCUCCCUAACCUGACCACCUCAAGCAGCCAUCUGGUGGUCGAAAGUAUCCAGACUGGCAGACCAACAACCCCGGACUCGGACUCACCAGCAGACCAAUGGGAAGUCAACACACCCCCACUGGCUGAACAUCAUCACCUCACACCCACACCCCAGAUGCGACUUGGGACAGAGGACGAUGUCAUGAGGUAUGCCAAUGAAAGCCCUGUAGCAGAGAAAGGAGACCAGACACAUAGGACUGUCUAUGACAUGUUCGAGGCAAUGCAUGACCUAACUGACAGAUUUAAUGGCAUUAGACUUGCAGGCUUGUGGGAGAACUUCCUGGAUGAGUACACGCUAUGGUAUAGUAAGCUACCAAGGCUGGCAACCCUGGAUACCUUCCCCACCCCUUCACAUGACAGCGAACUGGAACAACGACUGAAAACAGUUGAAUCUAACAUAAGCCGCCUGACUGAAGCUAAUGCAUAUUUGGCAGAUAGACUACUAACUACAGAGACACCCACCAUGGCUGCCCAGCCACCCUCCCCCAUAACUGCAACACAUGUGACCUGA